AUGGAAAGAGAGAAGGCAGCAAAAUUGAAAGAGAUUAGAAUAUUGGGUGAAUUCAAUCAAGGCCAUCAACAAGUACAGUCGAUAAGUAAUAAUUAUAGAAAUCAAUGGGUAACACCUCCCAAAUUUAAUAAACGCACACCUCAAUUGCCGGAUGCCGAAGGUGGAGAAAAAUCAUUAGCCAGCGAUACGCAAGAAUAUAAACGAACUACUGAGAGGGACAAUAUUGACGCAGGGUCAAUCAAUGAUAAUAGUCUAUUAAUCCUUCCAAGUUCCGCGAUAUCAACCUUUAAUAUUUCGACAGAAUCAAGUGAUUUGGGGACUGGAAAGUGGAGUAAUACUUUUAAAAAAAAGAAUAUCGUAGAUCAAUUCCAAGAGCAAACUGCCGAUAUGAAAACUAGGGAUUACAAGCUAGCGCUACAUCGAAAAUACGAGGAGAACAUUGUUUCCAAACUAAGGGAUUUAGAAUACGAAAAUUCUUUACUUAAAGCUCAGCUUGCCGAAGUUGCAGCAAUGAAAGAAUUAGAAAUUGGAGAUUUGAAAAAACAAUUAGGAAAGGGAGAAUACGAGCUUGAAAAAGCCGAACAGGCAUUUUCAUAUGCUAACAGUGAGCUCAAACAGCGUGUCGAUUCUAUGCAUGCGACGAUAUUAGAUAGAGAUCUCACUAUCCAAAAACUUAAAGAAUAUCAAGAUAUUCAAGUGGUGGAAAUAUGCCAUCUCAAGAAACGAAAUAGUCAACUUGAAAAAUAUUUAGCCGAUUUACCUACUGCUGAUGAAUUCGAAAGGACUAAGCAAGAAAUAUCCAAAUUUCAACCUCGAUACAUAAUCAAUACGUGCUCUCUUAAUUUUUUAAUAUUUUUUAAAGCAAUAUUUGAAGCUGAAGUUAAAAGUCUGAAAUAUCGGCUAUCACAAAAUAAUGGAGACUCUGCGAGUUCUGAAUCAAUUGUAAAUCAUACCAUUGCGAAAGAAGAUGAAAAUGUAGAUAUAAAGAAAUUUCAACUUAUAAAUAAAUAUCUCAGUGAAGAAAAUGAAAGAGUAAAGAAGUUUCUUCAGAGUAAACAUCAAAAACUAUUGGAGGUGUUAUCAGACAAACAACAUAACAUAGAACAGUACCAACACCGUCUUACUGAAGAAAAGGACAUAAUUUCUGGAUUAAGCAAGAGUUUAAAAGAAAGAGACAGCACUAUUAAGCAAUUGCAAAUGUCAAUUAAGACCGUAUCAAAUCAAAACCAAGAUAUCCUGGAACAAAAUAUUGAGCUACAAGAAUUAUGCAACAAGUUAAAACUUAAUCAAUUGGAUACAAAAGUAGGGAAAUACCAACAAAUUGAAAAGGAGCUAACCAGAUGCAUAAAAGAAUUAAGCUCUAUUGUACAAAUUUGCAUAGCAAGGACGCAAGGCAAAGAUCCAAAUCUGUCUUUACUAUUAGGACUAGAAGCCUCAAACUCAAGUACAAGAAAUCAAAAUAUCAGAGGUAGUGAAGAUGACGUGGAAGACAACAUUUCCAAAAUUAGGCGCCUUCAGUUAGAAAUUAGCAAACUUAGAGACCAAGUUUCAGAACAGUAUGCAGAGGACAUUGGUAAAACAUGUCCAGUUCAGUAA